AUGCUGAGCGAAGAACCUAUGCGGUCGAGUCUGCAGGUGGCGCCCCUAGCCAUACACAAGAACAAAAAUUCCGGCUUGGUGGACCAUGCCUCCAAAAGCGAAGCCUCUUCAUUGAGUCCAUACAAACGAUCCGAUAUGACUCCUCCCACCUCGCCUCAAGGGCCGCGAGACGCCCUCGACAAUGACGCCCCCGCGCUGUCACCACCCGUCUUCCACAACUUCCUCAGGGCAUUCUACCCUUUUAGCCCGACCUACGCCAUGACCGACUCCGCCGUCACCCUCCCAUUGAACGAGGGCGACGUGGUGCUGGUGCACUCUAUUCACACCAACGGCUGGGCAGACGGCACGCUCCUGGUGUCCGGUGCCAGGGGCUGGCUGCCCACCAACUAUUGCUAUGCUUAUGAUCCUGAUGAGAUGCGGAACCUGCUCAAGGCGUUGCUGAAUUUCUGGGACCUGCUACGCAGUGCAUGCGUCGAUGAUAAUGAGAUGUUUGCGAAUCAGGAGUUCAUGAAGGGCAUCAUCUCGGGUGUGCGAUACCUUCUGCUAACCGUCUCACAGGAGCGGACGCACUGUCUGACACGAGAGUCCACUGUGAUUCAGCGACACGAAGGUCUGCGCAGGGGCAGGAAGUCCCUGCUCUCGGAGCUAUCGUCGUUGGUAAAGACAGCUAAGCGCUUGACAGAACAGCAGAAAUUGAUGUCCACCACAGAGGAGGUAAACAAUACCGUGGACGAGAUGAUAUUAAAGGCCUUCAGGAUUGUGACCAAGGGUGUCCGCUUUUUGGAUGUGCUGGAGGGGGAUCGGCAGGCGCGGGCCCCCACAGUAACGCUGUUGCCAACGCUUCUUGAGGAGAAUUUCGUGCCGCCGACGCCGCCGGCCGACCAAACGAGCUUUGACGAUGACCGCAGCACGAUUAGAGAUCAGGAUGCAGGCUCGCCCCCGGGCUCCCGUCAUGGCGAGGACGAAUCAGUCUACAGCCCACCCAGCCUGAGGCCUAGUGACGUGACACGAACGGCCAGCCCCACCAGCAGCCGUUCGUCUGCUCGCCGAAGCUCUCACUUGUCUCAGACGCAGGUCAACUUUAGCCGCCUCUCCUCCAACAUCUCCCACCGCGUCUCUCUCGCUGGGCCAUCGCCACUCUCACGCCCACAAAACCUUGUCUCAGAGCGUUUGACCGCAAGCCACGACACGUUUCUGUCGCACAUGGGUUCUUUCAUCGGCCGCUUACACCUCCAAUCACAGUCCAGGCCUGACCUGGCUCUCGCGAUCAAACAAUCCGCGACAUCUGGUGGAGAGCUGUUGGUGGUCGUGGACGUCGUCUGCGCCCACAGCUCUCUGACCAAGGAACUCCUGGAGCAGCCUCGUGCUGCCAUGUAUGAUCGCAUCCUAGACCUUGUGCACGCUGCUCGCGAUAUCAUACACCACAACAACGGACCCGAACUGGCCGACAUCAUCAUGCCCCAGGACAACAGCCGGCUCCUGUCCGCCUCGACAGGCUGUGUCAGGGCCACGGGCGAAUGUGUUGCCAAGACGAAGUGGGUCAUCGAGAAGAUUGGAGAUUUCGAAUUUGAGUUCAACAAUGGCAGCCUUGGUAUCGAUCUGGACCUUGGCGUAUUAGACAACGGCAGUCUGGAAGACAGGGAAAAGGCAGCCGCAGCGCGCAUCGCUUCUCGGUCAGCGAGCCUGCCCACCAUCAAGCGACUGCCACUCGACAAGCCCCUGCCGGAUGUACCAACCUCGACUUCACCACCGCUCGAAGGUCCACGGCGACAGUCUCUUGUCCUCAUGGACAGCGACCUGUCGGAUAAUGCGUCCUCGGUCUCGUCGGUACGACCUGCGUUUCCACCACCGCUGCCUAAACUGUCAACAUUCUUCACAGAGGACUAUAGCCCCACGGAGAACUCGGCUGGUGUCGAAAGCGAUGGCCAUUCCUCCUACUACCGCGAGAGCCUGGUUGCAUCGAGCACCGCAAACGACAGCGCGUACUUGAACCGCGGCUCGGAAUCGAGCCUUCUCUCCACCUCCACACGCGCCACGACACCAGACCACAUGGGACCAAAGCCCCAGAUUUCCAUCUCCGAGCUGAGCAACGCAAGCAAUCCCGCGCACGCAGACGAGGUCGACGACGUCGAGUCAAAGCUACUCGAGAAGACAUUCGCGCACGAACUCAUGUUCAACAAGGAGGGCCAGGUGACUGGAGGAUCUCUGCCGGCACUAGUUGAGCGCCUCACCACCCACGAGUCCACACCUGAUGCACUCUUCGUCUCUACGUUCUUCCUCACCUUCCGGCUCUUCUGUACGCCGACCAAACUUGCCGAGACGCUCAUCGACAGGUUCGAGUAUGUCGGCGAUCAUCCACACAUGUCAGGGCCCGUUCGCUUGAGGGUCUAUAACGUCUUCAAGCAAUGGCUCGAGUCGCACUGGCGCGAUGAGACUGACCAUGAGGCGCUGUCUGUCAUCAGGCCAUUUGCUGAGACCAAACUGGCUGCGGCGCUGCCGUCUGCCAGCAAGCGUAUCUGUGACCUGACGAGGCGCGUCUCCUCGAGUGACGCCACACUGGUACCCCGUCUGGUCUCGUCUAUCGGCAAGGCCAACAACGCCUCCAUCUCACACUAUGUACCCAUGGACACACCACUGCCGGCACCCGUGCUCAACAAGAGCCAGGCCCAAGUUCUUCAUGUGUGGAAGUCUGGUGGAAGCUCGCCGACGAUAAUGGAUUUCGAACCCCUCGAGCUGGCCCGCCAGCUGACGCUGAAGCAAAUGAGCAUCUUCUGCUCUAUCCUGCCCGAGGAGCUUCUGGGCUCGCAAUGGAUGAAGAAGGGCGGCGCUGGAUCUCCUAAUGUCAAGGCAAUGACUGCACUGUCGACCGAGUUAUCGAAUCUGGUGGCCGACACGAUCCUGUACUACAACGAAGUCAAAAAGCGAGCUGCUGCCAUCAAGCAGUGGAUCAAAGUGGCCCAGCAGUGCCUGGAGCUGAACAACUACGACGCCCUUAUGGCCAUCAUCUGCAGUCUCAACAGCUCCACCAUCACUCGCCUCAGGAAGACAUGGGAAGUGGUGAAUCCCAAGCGGCGAGAGCAGCUAAAGGUCCUCCAAGCUGUCGUCGAGCCCGCACAGAACCACAAGGCUCUGCGCGCGCAGCUUGCUGGCCACGUCCCCCCGUGCCUCCCCUUCCAAGGCAUGUUCCUGACAGACCUUACUUUUGUCGACAUUGGCAACCCUGCCACGAAGCAACUGCAGGGAGCCGAUGGUAGGGACAUGACCGUGGUGAACUUUGACAAGCACACGCGGACGGCAAAGAUCAUCGGCGAGCUGCAACGAUUUCAGAUUCCUUACAGGCUCACCGAAGUGCCAGACCUACAAGACUGGCUGCAGUCUGAGAUGCAACGAGUUCGCGAAUCGGAUGCGGCUAGCAACGUACAGGUGACCUACUAUCGCAAGUCCCUCCUCCUCGAACCAAGAGAGACGAAUGUUCCCAAGACGCCAGUGGAUGGACCCAGCGCAAAUAUGUUUGUCUGGCGGAGGGUCGACAGGUCCAACAGUCUGGCACCUUGA